CGCUACAAACUAAAAAGAUGUUUACGGAAUUCUUUAUAUUUUUCGCUAGUGUUGCAACUGUCUUUUAUAUCUGGCAGAAGCGUUUUUAUAGCUUUUGGCAGCGGAAUGGAGUGAAAUCAAUUAAGCCAGAGCCAAUUUUUGGAAAUAUACGCAGUUUUCUUACUGGGAAAAUUCCUUUCUUUGAACAACUCAGUAUUCUCCACGCUACCAAGGGAUUUGAGAAUGAGCCAUUAAUCGGAGUAUACUUCCUUAAGGGUCCUGGAGUAAUUGUGCGGGAUCUUGACCUGAUCAAGACUGUGAUGAUCAAGAAGUUCAACUAUUUUGUAAAUCGUGCUAUGAAAACGGAUCCAAUUCACGAUUCACUCGGCUACAAUAAUCUUUUGCUAUCGCGCACUCCGGAUUGGAAAGGUCUUAGGAGUGCAAUCUCGCCUGUCUUUACCAGCGGAAAGAUUAAGCAAAUGUAUCCCUUGAUGGUGGAAGUCGGAAAGGAACUGGAGGAGAAUUUGGGGAAAGUGCCCGCUGAUUCUGUUGUUCUAAUUAAGGAUAAAUGUGCUCGGUUUACCAUUGAUCUUAUAGCGAGUAUAGCUUUUGGAAUUAAGGCUAAUGCCUUGCAAAUUGAAAAUAGCGAGUUCUUUAAGGUUAACACCGAAUUCUUUAGGUUUAACUUGAAAUCGCUUUUGGAUAGUUUCUGCAUCUUACUCCUACCGAAAUUGGUUCCUUUGAUGCGUGCCAAAAUGUUUCCAAAAAAAACCAGAGAUUUCUUUAUUCGUACUAUAUCUUACGUUUUAGAUGAGCGUGAGAAGUCUGGAGUGCAACGCAAUGAUCUAGUCGAUAUUCUACUGGCAAUGAAGCGAAACACUCAAUCACAAAAAGAGUUUAAUGAUAAAGACUUAGAGUUUUUGGUUGCCCAAGCUGCUCUAUUUCAGACAGCUGGAUUUGAGACUAGUUCAUCUACCAUGACAAUGACGCUCUUUGAGUUAGCACACAAUACUGCGAUCCAAGAUCGACUUCGCUCGGAGAUAAAGGAAUACUUCGGGGAUGAGGACCACAUCAACUAUGAACGCAUACAGGAGAUGCCUUAUCUUAGUCAAGUUGUCAAUGAGACUUUGAGAAAGUAUCCCAUCGCUGGCUUCGUUGAACGAGAAUGCGCCCAACCGCAAUCAGGAGAAAAGUUUACUCUAAAGCCCCACUAUGAUUUUGAGGUGCCGAGUGGCAUGCCGUUUUAUGUCUCUAUUCUGGCGAUACAACGAGAUGAGAAAUAUUGGCCAGAUCCUCAGAAAUAUGAUCCAGAUCGCUUUGCCCCAGAGAACCGUGAUAAAAUCAACAUGGAUGCCUAUUUACCUUUUGGCAUCGGUCCCCGCAACUGCAUUGGCAUGAGACUUGGACUUCUGCAGGCUAAACUAGGUCUAGUUCACAUGUUGCAUAAGCACAGUGUAGCUAAGUGUGAACAAACAGUUGAUUCCUUUAAAUUCGAGGUGAAAACUCCAAUUAUUGCAAGCAAUGUGAACAUCUAUGUUCGACUACAAAAGGAUUAAUAUGCAGCCCUUUUUUAUUUUGAACAUUAUGUUUUCAAUAAAUAUACUUUAUGAGCAUCAGAAUGUUAAUGCUUUUUCACAUUAUUAUGAAA